AUGUCGUCGCAGCCAGAGAACUACCUUCGCAAGUGGCUCUGCCGCGUUGACAACGGCAUUGAGUGCGAUAAAGCGUAUCCUCACUCCAACGAUGAAUUCAAAGUCCAUGUGCAAGCCGUGCACAAUUACAGCAACAGCGCCAGCCUCGAAGCCCACUAA